AUGUUGAAGUCGGCAGCACACACUUUGUACGGAACAGCGGGUUUGGACUUAUCAUUGGAGCUUCUCCACUCGUUCAUGCCGUCCAGCUUAAAGAUCUUGGACUCGCCCGUGACGUGGUGCUCGAAAUUGGCAAAAGAAAUGAAAAACUUGGCAAACGAGCCGUCCGCGGCUACAAGCUCCGCCAAGGGGUCUUUCUCCGCCGGUUUGGUGACGUACCUUGUCGACGUCACAAUGUCCUUGUAG